UUAGGGAUAUCCCAUUUUGAACCUCUGAAAACCCUUGCUUCAAUCCAACUCAAUUCUUCUUCUUCUUAGCUUCUUCUAACUUAACACAGUAAAGAAAAGAAAAACCAAGAAAUUUGUUGAAGAAGCUUGCUGGAAUCUGGUGAUUAUACAGCCUAAGAUCGAUAUGGAGGAGGAUGAUUUUCCACCGCCAGGGUUUCGGUUCUUCCCGACAGAAGAAGAACUGGUGUCGUUUUAUCUGAAAAACAAGCUUGAAGGAAGGUUUGAGGAACACAUUGAUGUCGUUAUCCCCGUCCUCAAUAUUUACGAUCACGAUCCAUGGAGUCUCCCACAAUUUGCAGGAAAGUAUAAUCGCAGCGACCCGGAGCAAUGGUUUUUCUUCAUCCCAAUGCAGGAGAGGGAAGCGCGGGGAGGGCGGCCGACGCGGCUGACGGCCGGAGGGUACUGGAAAGCCACCGGGUCGCCGGGGCUGGUGUACUCCGGGAAUAAUCGCGUCAUCGGCGGGAAAAGGACGAUGGUAUUCUACACGGGGCGAGCGCCUAAUGGAAGAAAGACUGAGUGGAAGAUGAAAGAAUAUCGUUUCAGUGAAAGAGAAGCCUCUAAUAAUUCACCGCAGGAAUUCAUCUUGUGUCGUGUUUACAAGAAACCCAAGUGCGCCAGGGCGUUUGACAGACGGCCGGCAUGUAUGGCACCGGCGCCACCCGCCGCGGAAGGCGGAGAGCCCGCUCUUCUGCAACCGCCGCCGCCGCCAAUGGCUGCAGCCGCCAAUGACGCCUCCGCGUCGACAUCACUACAGAAGGCUGACAAGAAAAGUAGCUCGCAAGAAACCUCAUCGCCGUCGCCACCCCAUGGCGGAGAUAGUGUAGAAGACGACCCCGUCUGGGAUUUUUCCGACCAGAUUCUGUUCGAAUGGGAUCCAUUCAAAAUCCUCUACAACUAGUACGUAUAAUAUUAUGAAGAUCAGACACGAAUAUUUGGCAAAAUCUUUAAAUUUUGUGUCUUCCAUUACAAUCUGACGUCACUACAUGAGUUUUCGAACUGUUUAAGAAUGUUUGUGCCCUAGAUAUCUAUGUUAUAUUAUUAUUACACUGUAAUUUAGAUCUUUAACUUAAUAAACUCGAUCAUAUGAUCGUAUUUAUAUUACAAUAAUUUUCGGAAUUUCAAUAUGUUA